AUGGGGCAGAUACUGAGCUGGAUCCGAGGCCCCCGUGAGACCCCGACCCUGCAGGAUGUUGCCGUGGAGGAGCAGUCGCAACCCAAACAGGCCACACCCAAACCAGCAGCUCAGGUCUCCACUGUGACGUCUUCUCAGUAUGAGAAGGCAUCAUCGGGAUCCACCAUGGCUUCAAAGCCUGGCGGGGUUACGACCCCAAAAGGUGUCACGGCGGGAAGUACUUCCAUCGGGACAGCAGGACAGGGGGUUCCAACAGCGAAACCCCAGACUAACACCAAAUCCACUGUUAUUGACAUGUCGUCUGCUGGGUCAACUGUUGUCAACAUGACAUUGUCUGGGACGAGGGGAAGUCCCAAUAUGAUAUCGAAGACGCCAACUGUCACCACUGUAAAGUCGUCUUCUGCUGCCAGUGGAACAGCAGUGACUACAGCAGCAGCAGCUAAUGCUGCCAUAUCGACUUCUAAAGGCUCGCCAAAAAACACGGCCAAGGUGCAAGUGGAAGUUCCUCGAACAGUAGAAACAAUAGGAGCCAAAGAGGGCUCUGCAGUAGAUCCAUUUGACGCCUUGGCCAGUAUACUUCCACCAGUUGAUCCAGUUAAACCUCCUGAACCUAUAUUCACUGGGCCUGAGGUCAAAGAGCAUGAUGCCACAUCUGAGGAGGCUCCCAAGUGUGGAGAAAGAGAGGAUACGCUGCCUCCAGGUUACAGAUUUGAAAAUAUGGCUCCGGUCCCUGGAGACGCUAUACCCAAGGAUGUUCCUAAACCAUUCAGUACAGAAGAGGCCCUGGAUUGUCUUUCAGCGGGUUUCACAUCAACGGUUCCAACUGCACCCAAAAUGCAUCAGCAAAAAGACAAAGCUGCUGCCUCAUCUGCUGCCCCGUGUUCCAUUGCGCCACCACUGAAGAAAGCUGAAAUCCCCGCACCUGAGCCUUGCGUAGCAGUCUGUCCGCCAGCUGAUAAAAAAGCCAAAAUGGAAGUCGAUAACUUUUCAUUGUCAGCUGGUCUUUCCGCUGCUCCAUUCAAGAAAGCUGCAUGCGUGGCUCCACCAACUGAAGUAAAAGAAAUCCAAGUGGCUAAAGACUCUUCUUCUGGUCUCUCUCUGAAAGCAGGGCUUGACAUGAAGUCCAAAACCGAUGAGGGUGGCGUUAUGUCUCCGGGUGCUCUCAGUGCUCUUGGUGACAUGUUGGCGGCACCAGAACCCAAACCAGAACCCAAACUGAGACCAGAGGACAUUGUCUCCGAAGAAAAACACAAGGAGGAAGAUGCUGUGCGUGUAGGGGAGAGGGAAGACUCAAUUGCACCGGAGUACAGGUUUAAUAAGGAGGAACUCAAGAAACUGCCUGCUCCUAAACCUCAGCCCACCAUGAAUACUAAUGAGGCUCUGGACAUUCUGUCGGGAGACAUUCUAAGCUCCUCAGCUGCUCCCACACAGAAAGCUGAAGUAUCUGCAUUUGCUCCAACUGUCUCUGUGUGUCCUGCUCCACCCAAACCGUCUCAGGUUGGCUCCUUGCCUUUGGAUGCACUCAGUGCUCUGAGUGAUUCUCUACCAGCCGAUAAACCAAAACCUGAACCCCCGAAGCCCAGACCCGAAGAUAUCGUCUCAGAGGAAAAACACAAAGAGGAAGAUGCUGUGCUAGUAGGAGAGAGAGAAGACUCAAUUGCACCAGAGUACAGGUUUAAUGAGGAAGAACUUAGAAAAUUACCUGCUCCCAAACCUCAGCCCACCAUGAAUACUAAUGAGGCAUUAGACCUUUUGUCAGGAGACCUCAUGAACUUAUCAGAUGCCCCAGUACAGGUAAACAGUACUUUAACCGAUCAGGGUGUUUUGGUUGCAACUAAAUCGGCUGGUGUUCAUGCAUCACUUCCGCCUUCGACCAUAAAGAAACCCCAGGUAUCAGAUUGCCCUCCAGUGUUACCACCACAAGACAAGCUCAAGGCUGAUGAGGGUGACUACAUGCCUUUGGAUGCUCUUGGAGCUCUUGGUGACACGUUGGGAGCACCAGAACCGACACCAGAACCUCCCAAACUUAGACCUGAGGACAUAGUUUCAGAGGCAAAACAUAAGGAGGAAGAUGCGGUGCUUGUAGGGGAGAGAGAGGAUUCAAUUGCACCAAAAUACAGGUUUAAUAAAGAGGAACUUGAAAAACUUCCUGCUCCUAAACCUGAACCCAAGAUGAAUACCACUGAGGCCCUGGACAUUCUAUCUGGAGACCUUUUGACAUCCUCUGCUGCUCCUGCUGUCCAGGCUCCUUUGGUCUCCUCUUCUGCUGCUCCUACACAGUCUUCUGCAGACUUGGCUCUGGAUGCAUUAGCAGGAGACUUUCUUUCAUCCUCUGCUGCCCCUACAGUCAAAUCUGCUGCUUACGCCCCCACAGAAUCCUCCUCGCAGCUUUCGUCAGGAGCUGACAGCGCCCUGGAUGCUCUAUCGGAAACUCUGGUAACGGAAAUUACCCCCGUCCCUCAGCCAGCGCCCAUUCCUGCCAAAGACCUUGUUGAGGAAAAGAAGGCGGUUGAAGAGAGGCUCAUUAAAAUGGGAGAACGAGAUGACACUCUGCCACCAGAGUACAGACCCACUGAGGAAGAUCUUAAGAAAAUGGCCGAAGCCAAGGCGAAGGCAGAUGCCACUCCAAAGAAGUCUAUGGAUGAAAAGACUGCUUUGGACUUGCUGUCCACCGAUUUCGUCUCAUCGGAUGUAUCGUCUGCUGCUGCCGGUACAGAGUUGACGCCUCCUGCGCUUGACUCUCAGCCCUUGAAGCCAUUGCCCCGUCCUGUUGUGGAGAAACUCUCUGACACCCUCCUUCCAGAUGAUCCAGCAUUCAAGGCAAAGACAAGCACAGCCAAGGUACAGAGCAAGAGAAAGUCAAAGUCUAAAAAACAACAUGCAUCAGAGCCUCCUGCUGACACCCAGCUCUGUGGCCAGCCAAGCUCAGACAUUGUACCAACAUCUACACAGCAGGGGAAGAAAAGCUAG